GCUAGACAAAUUGUGGAAACUGUAUCCAAGGUUCUACGUGCUGCUAGACUGAGAAAGCAGCAACUAAACAAGUCUGAAUUUCCCUUACGAAAAUUAACCUUGGUUUUACUAGAAAACAAACAAACAAACAAAAAAAAAAACCUGGUUAUAGGUUAAUCAAAUUAACCAUGGUCUUCCUUCACUAACCAUAGUUUAACCAUGGUAAUUGUAGUAAAACUAUAGUUAUACAAAUGGUAAUCAAUGCGCCAAAAUCAUGGUUACUACACAUUUACUAUAAUAAAACCAAGGUUAAUUUAAGUAAGGGUUGUCUUUUAAGGGGCUUACGAGCUCAAUAAACAACAUAUUACUUUAGCUUCAAUCCAUCAAGCGUGUGUAAUGAGCUAUGUUCAAUUAGCUAGCACUGCAAUGAAGCCAGGGACGAUCGCAAAUCAUGCUGAGAGUGGAUCAAACCCUCCCUGCUCGAGACCCGCGCCUCUCUGCCUCAACGACAGCCGUGAAUAUCUACACGCUCUCAUCACUUUCCCAACUUACAGUCUUACACAUCGCCCUCAGAUACACUGCCGCCUCUCCGAAACCGGAGAUUCAAUUAAUCAGGCGAUCAAUUAAUGCGGAAGGGUUUUUCACAGUGUUCUCAGUUUUCCCCUGGGGCACGUCGCAACAUGUGUGGAAUGAUCGCGAGCCGCACACCGGACCCUGGGAAUGUGCCACAGCGGGAAAGAACGCUGCUCUGUCCCGCACUUGGCCGCUCAUCACCUCCCGUUGCAGAGGCAGACACCUGGUGAUGUUUACGAGAAAAAAUGCUUCAAACACGUAUUAUUUGAAAUAAAUAUUUAAACGUAUAGAAACCCAAAGAACAAUAAUAUGUAAGACAGUGGGUGGUUUUACCUCUCAGUGGGCUUUCUUUGACCUUCAUGUCCCUCAGGGGUCCUCAUAUUUCAGCCUACGAGAUAAUUGAGCAGAGUGACUCCUCUAGUGAAUCUCUCAGUGCUCCCCUCUCCUACCGGGCCGUUUAUGCAGCCCUGCUGACUUUGCUGUCAAUGUCAAACGCUUGUUAGGACAUCAUCAAUCAUCAACACUUAGGAAUAUUCUCAGAACUUUGAAGGCAGGCGAUACACUGAAAAAAGAGAGGGCGAGAAGAGCUGAGGGAACAGCAAAUGUUCGCUUGAUGACAUCAUGUCCAGAUAUCACUCCCCUCCUUUCCAGACACUCUCCUUGCUCCCUCUUUUCCUCUUCACCCUCUUCCCUCUCUCCCUUCUUUCUCCUCUCCUUUCUCAAUCUCCUCUCAGCUGGACCUCUCCUCAUGACCCCUGCUAUCACCUGGAUGGGCGUCCACGACACUGUCUAUCUGAAUUCAUCAAUACGGCCUAUGGAGUGCCUGUGACGAUGGAGGACCUCCAGCAAGGACCCAAGACAAACAUCAGCACUUUAACAGACCUUCAUAACCCUCACAAUCUGACAUGCUGGACGGCUGCCGAAGGCUCAGGCGGUGGGGACUGGACUUUAACAGUUCCCCUAGGCAGACGCUUUGAAAUCACUUACAUUAGUCUUCAGUUCUGCCAACAGGUGGAGUCUGUAGAAUCCUACUCCAUCUCCAUAUUGAAAUCAAUGGACUUUGGCCGGAGCUGGCGCCCCCUACAGUUUUAUUCAAGCGACUGCAUGGGCACAUUCGGCCGUCCUGUGCAGUCCAUCGCUCUGACAAAGCACCAGGAGACGGAGCCGCUGUGUUCAGAUCCCAGACCACUGCAGAAGCAUCGUGGAAAUGUCGUGCUGGCCUUCUCGACUUUGGAUGGACGUCCUUCCUCACCAGAUUUUGACUACAGUCCAGGGCUCCAAGAUUGGGUGACUGCAACAGACAUAAAGAUAGUAUUUCAUCAAUCAUUGGAUAAACUGAAAAAGCAAAAAGAGAAACUAAAUGAAGUGGGGACAUUUAGAUGGAGGGAAAGGGGAGACAAAGUUCUGAGGUUUGGCGAGAAAAACACUGGCGUUGAAAUUUGGAGAAACAGUCAAGAAAAACAGACUUCAACACAGAGAACUAGAAACAAAAGCACUGUGCACCAAAGUGGCCUCAAUGUUACUCGAAAAGAGAUGGGAUCUCAAGGUAGAGUGGGAAGAGGCCGUAAGAAAGACAGUUACAAGCCAUGCCAGGACGGCACAUGUGAUUGGUCCCUAAAUAUCCCGCAGCAGGGCUCCAAAGGGCGAGAGCUGAGGAGAAGAAGAAACAAUGCAGGGAGGGGGAAGUCCCAUUCUAAAUCGAGAAAAAACACCUCACGCAACCUUGUUCCAUCAUCUCUUUACGCCCCACCGAAACCCUCUCUCGCCCUUUCCGACCUGCAGGUCGGCGGCAGGUGCAAGUGCAAUGGCCACGCCUCUCGCUGUCGUCGCGACAACCAGGGGCGUGCCGUGUGUCAGUGUGAGCAUCACACAUCUGGGCCGGACUGUGACGUGUGUGAGCAAUUUUUUUAUGAUCGACCGUGGCAACGGGCCACACCCAGCCAACCACACCCGUGCGUCCCAUGUGAAUGUAAUGGUCACUCUACUAAGUGUAGGUUCAGUAUGGCCGUCUAUCAGCAGUCUGGUCGAGUCAGUGGAGGUAUUUGUUUGAAGUGCCGGCACCACACAACGGGACGCCACUGCCAGUUCUGCCAGAACGGAUAUAUGCGAGACCACAGCAAACCGCUCAGCCACCGCAAGGCCUGCCAGCCGUGCCAGUGCCACCCCAUGGGUGCAGUGGGCCGUUGGUGUAACCAGUCCACAGGGCAGUGUUUGUGUAGAGAAGGAGUCACAGGACAGAGGUGUAACCGUUGUGCUCCCGGGUACAAGCAAGGCCAUUCCCCCCUCCGGCCAUGCAUCCGUAUUCAGGAGGUUGCACCACCCACCCCAGUUUACCAGCCUCAGUACAGCAUUGGCGAGGAAUGUCUUUCUUACUGUCCACCUUCCCAAGCAAGAGUCAAAAUGAAUUUAGAGACAUAUUGUCUCAAGGACUAUGUGCUGAAGGUGCAGGUCAAAAGUAAGGAACGCUCCGGUCCCUGGUGGCAGUUUUCCAUAUUGGUGCAGUCAGUUUUUCGUAUGGGCUCUUCGCACGUAAAGCGAGGCAUUCAGGCCCUCUGGGUUCCAGAUCGGGACCUGAGCUGCGGUUGCCCUGCGCUUCAGAUGGGCCGGACAUUCCUCCUGAUUGGAGCGGAGGAAAGCGGCCGGAGUUGGGCCCCCGAGGAGAGGCGAUUAGUCGCAGACCGCACCACAAUGGCUUUGCAGUGGAGGGAACACUGGAGCCCCAAAUUAAGAGGCUUCCGCGGGCAGGACACCCGGGGAAAGUGCCUCCAUGGAAAUACCACGAUGCAGAAACACUCUCACCCAAACUUGUACGAAGAAUACACCCCCCCACAUCUUAACAAACUGCAGUCUGAGCCACACAGACCACAUAAACAUGCACACACGGCACAUAAGCAGCAUCAUUUAACCACACAAUCUGGAGGAUCAGACCUCACGCACACACAGAAAAGAGGAGGAACUCAGGGCGUACAUGGAAAUGACACAGAAACGCACCUUGAGGAGGACCAUAAGGCUGAAAACGUCACUCAGGAAACACAGCAUGUGUUGCAGCACACCCAGGAUCCUCUCUCAGGUACUUCAAAGACGAGUCAAGCCAAUGAGCAUGAGCAAUACCACCCAACAGCAUGUCCAACAUGGUCACCUGGGCCAUCUGUCUAACAAAAUGAGAUAUUAUGAGCAGCAAUACAAAAGGAAGUUGAAGGAGUAGUUUACCAAAAAAAUUUAAAUUUGCUAAAAAAUUUACUCACUAUCAUCCAAGGAUGAAUUUGUUUCUAUAUUAGAACAUGUUUGAAGAAAUGUAUUAUUACAUCACUUGCUCACCAAUGGAUCCUCUGCAGUGAAUGCGUGCCAAACAGCUGAUAAAAACAUCACAAUAAUCCAUAUAUAAUCCACACGACCCCAGUCCAUCAAUUAAUGUCUUGAAGUGAAAACCUGCAGGUUUGUAAUAAACAAAUUCAUCAUUAAGAUGUUUAUAACCAUUGCUUCUGGCUAAAAUAAAGUCCUCUAUUCAUAAUAUUGCUUUCUACAGUGAAAGAGUCAUCUCAUCCGAACUAGGAGAGAAAGGAGAGAAAUAUUACACUGGAGGAAGCAUUAUUAUGGAUUAUGGACUUGGAUUUUGGCCAUAAAUGGAUUAUGGACUCAUAUUUGGUUACAACACCUUAAUAAUGGAUUUCUUACUAACACACAGUUUUUUACUUCACAAGAUGUUAAAUGAUCAACUUGUGGAUUAUUGUGAUGUUUUUAUCAGCUGUUUGGACUCUCAUUCUGAUGGCACCCAUUCACUGCAGAGGAUCCAUUGGUGAGCAGGAGAUGUAAUGCUAAAUUAUUCCAAACUGUUCUGAAACUCAUCUACAUCUUGGAUGGCCUGAGAGUCAACAAAUUUUUAACAAAUUUUCAUUUUUGUGAACGAUUCCUUGAAGAAAUGCCUACAGUGGGCAAGAAAUGGCAUGGCAAGGGAUAUUUUGGUUGCCUCUAAUCUAGGAUGUUUCCUAUACAGAGCCACUCAAUCCGCUGAAUAUUCACACACUUUAUGAGUAUCUAAGUAUUUUUGUAUGUUGUGCUAUAUAUUCAUCACCAGAUUACAGAGCCAUUUGUAUUAUUUUUAUUUUUAUUGUUUUUCAGAUGAAACAUGCAGGUAUUUUUCAUGUCACAUGCUCUGAGAACAUUUGUUUGCACCUUCCCUCCAGGAAGAGAUGAGUCUAAUCCAAAUAUUAAAAGACUGAAAAUCAUCAUAUUUUACUCAACAUGAAUGGCAUCCUGUUCAGUCCACAGUAUUUAGUCUAACAGUCUGACUUGUAAGACUCUUAUUGCUGGAUUGUAAAAGGCACAUUGUUUUCAGAUCAGCAGCUGACAAAUCUUAUCCAUUCUGGUCUCCAUCACUGACAGACAUGUUAAGUGUGGCUACAUUUUUUGUGCCCACAGUAAGUCAGUAAGUAAUUAUUUUUUUUAAGUUGUUUUUGUACAUUUUUGUGGCUAGAAAACAUAUAUACAUACAUGCAUAUAUAUAUAUAUAUAUAUA